AUGUCUACAGUGGAUCAACAACAACACCAAUAUUCACCAAGUAUCAAGACGGGACUGUUUUCUAUGAGAUCACCUCAUCUUAAUCGUGUGAACAACAACAACAUAACGGACAAGUCCACCUCAACACCUCCGCCAACAAGAUACUCCAGAACAUCAUCGUCUGAUUAUGUAACGGGUCAAUUUCAAAGCCUAUCACUAGGAUCAAGAUCUGUACCACAUUCAGGCAAAAUGACCUCGAUAUGCCAGUUUUUUGAUCAGGUUUUCAAUUUAAAAGACUCAGAAACUAUACUACAAAAGUCCAAAGAUGGACAAUUUUACAAAACAUUACAACAAGAUUUCAAUUUGAAACCACAAUUGCCCUUUCCCCAAGCCGGUGGCGAGGGGGUUAAAGAUGCAUUGUUUACUUCAAUUGGACCCCAUUUGACUAUUCCAUUUGAUAUUUGGCUAAGAGAUGAAAUAUGUAUUAAUGAUGUCAAGGUGAAAAACACAAUGUUGAGAGAAAUUAAUGGCAUGAUUGAAGCAGAGUUGAAAGAUGUGGAAAACCAGUCUUCACUGGAAGUGACUUUGAACUAUUAUGGUAAAUUGCUUAAAGCUUAUAAUUUUUACGAAAUACCUGUCAGAAAUUCAUCCCAUCUAGUCAGUGAGGAUGGAAACAGAAAUGGCAAUGGGAAUGGAAAUGGGACAUUACAAGAACAUUUUGAUGAAGAGUUGGAAAUCAGGCGAGAUAGAAUGGGUAGUUUUACUUCUAAUCCUGAUUUUGAUUUUGGAUCUUUGGAAAAACCAUUUUAUCGAAGUCAUUCCAACCAAUCGAAUGAUUCGCAAUCACACCAGAAUAAGCGUAUCAGCGCCAGCAGUAUGCUGUCAAAGAAACGAUUUUCAUCAUUUUUAACUGGUAGUGGUAGUGGUGGCCAUAAUAAUAACAAAGACGGCCUGAAUGUGUCGUCGUCGUCACCUGAUUUGCGUGAUGGCAACCAUCGUCGAUCUCAUUUGCUGACCCCAACUACACCACCACAACCACAUUUUAGACAAUUUUCAACAUCAUCGUCAUCAUCAACGUCUACGCCUGCAUCAUAUUCAACGCCGACUUCGUCAUCACCGCCAUCGCACUACUUCCAACAACAACAGCAACAGCAGCUGCAGCAGUUCCGCCACGACGGAAGCCCCACUCCAAAGAGUCACUUGUUUGAAGAUCCCAAUGGCACGCCAACAUCUUCCCACAAUUCAAUGUCAGUCAACAAUUUAUUAUCCAAACUGAGGUUAUACAACCGAAUGAAGAAACAUCGGGAGCUGGCAUCUUCAGUCAAUACCAAUUCUUCGCAUCAAAGUUACCCCAGUAACAGAAGCAGUAUAACAACGGCGGCUUCAGGAGGAGCUGGUUCAUCUUCUGGAGGGUCACGUCGAAGAAGCCUGGUCACCACUAAUGUCAAGCACCUUUUUGGAACCAAUGGCAAUAACAAUGGCGGCGGUGGCAGUGGCAGCAACAGUGUUAAUGGUGACGUAUCAUCAUUCGAUUCAUCAAGGACAUUAAUGCCAACGGAGCUGUAUCCACCACUGCCUUUUGAUAAUCUUGCCUUGACCAAGGAGGAAAAACUUGAAAAUAACAAGGAUAAACACGAGUAUUACAAUGCGGUUACUCAGUUGAUGAGAGAAAGCAGACGGAUUUUGCAAAUUUUAUUCAAUUCUAAUAACAAUAAUAAUAAUAAUAAAGAUACUUCCAAACUAGCUAAGUUGAUUGAUUUUAUCACCACCAAAGUGUUUAAAUUCAUUUUGAUUGAUGUGUUUACCAUGGUUUUAACAUAUUGUGAUUUGAAAUGUUGUAAUUUUAGGAAUAUUUAA